AAUGGAACAUUUCUUAAGACUUUUGAAAAUUACUUUUUGUCUAGGCCUACAGUUUGAUUUUGUCAAAUCUCAUAUUUUCAGCACUUUUUGUGCUAUGCUGCACCCUUUACACAAGACAACUUACUCUUUAAGUACAACAAAAGCAAUAACCUUCAUUGUCCAGUAGAUGUCGUUAUGGCGCAUAUUGUUACAGUAAACCUGCCUGCAGACGGUCUGUAUGUCCAGUCACUGUUUAAAUAUUGAGACAGGGAUGAUGUGCGCUUCCCAGCACACACUCAGGUACUUCAUACCUUAUAGUCUCUCCAGUCCAUAUAGACAUGAGCCCUUCUCAAAAUUAGGUUGUUAAAAGUGGUAUGAGUUACUGAUUCUGCUAUUUUUUGCGACGAUGCAGUUACUUUCACUGGCAGUCCUUUUUCUUUUCAUCAACGACCUAAGCGGAGCUGAUAAAUGCGCGUCCCCGUGUGAUGUGAGCUCGUGUCCGAGUCCCAGCUGUCCGGGCGACUAUGUCCCUGACCGGUGUAACUGCUGCCUUGUGUGCUCCCCGGGAGAGGGGGACCCCUGCGGCCGGAAAAAUGACCUGCCCUGCGGCGCCGGGCUGGAGUGCCGGCUGCUGAGCGCGGGGAGACGGCGGGGCUCCAGAGGGACCUGCAGAUGUCGGAGCCAGCAUCAAGUGUGCGCAAGUGACGGGAAAACUUACCCCAAUGUGUGCAAGAUGAAAGCGGCCAACCGUAAAGCCCAACACAGAGGCAGACCGGAAGUCAAACUGAAACGCAAAGGAGCCUGUACCAACCUGAGUACAGGUGCGAAAACGACAGAACAUCCCAGCAGUGCUCGUUUCAAGUUCAAUUUUAUUGCUGAUGUGGUGGAGCAGAUAGCCCCUGCAGUGGUUCACAUUGAACUUUUUGUUAGACACCCUUUAUUUGGGCGCCACGUGCGCCUCUCCAGUGGCUCUGGGUUCAUUGUGACUCAUGCAGGUGUGAUUGUCACUAAUGCUCAUGUUGUAACCACAUCCACAUCUUCAGUAACCAGCAGACCACAACUGCGCGUUCAACUUCACGAUGGAGACACUUAUGAAGCUGUGCUCAGAGAUGUGGACAAGAAGACAGACAUCGCCACAAUCAAGAUUACUCCCCAACAGAAGAAGCUCCCUGUCCUCUCUUUGGGCCCUUCCUCAGACCUUAGACCAGGAGAGUUUGUUGUUGCCAUCGGCAGCCCCUUUGCUCUCCAAAACACUGUGACGACAGGCAUCAUCAGCACUGCCCAAAGAGACGGGAAGGAGCUGGGCAUCAAGGAUUCAGACAUGGACUACAUCCAGACAGAUGCCAUUAUCAAUUAUGGAAAUUCAGGAGGGCCCCUUGUGAAUUUGGAUGGAGAGGUAAUAGGCAUCAACACAUUGAAAGUCACUGCUGGGAUCUCCUUUGCCAUACCUUCAGAUCGGAUCAGCCGUUUCCUCACCGAGUCUCAAAUCAAACACAAAAAGAGUCGAGUGUCAAAGGUUAUCAGGAAAAAAGAAAAGACAAGACAGCAAAGAUUUACCAGCGAACCACAGUCUGAUGAAGACACCUUACAUGUAAAAAGACGAUUUCUAGGCAUCAGGAUGCUCACAAUUACAGAUGAUCUAGUUGCUGAGUUACAACAUCUGAACCCUUAUUUUCCUCUGGUCAGUCAUGGAGUUCUAGUGCAGCAAGUGCUUUCCGACAGUCCAGCUGAGAGUGGAGGACUGAAGGACGGGGAUAUAAUCGUCAAAUUAAAUGGACAACCAGUCUGGAGCAUUGAGGACAUCUGGCAGGCUUUACAAGGUCGUCAUCCACUCUUGUUUGAGAUUCUGCGAGCCCAUGAGACGUUUCUCUUCCACAUUGACUCACAAGAGUGAAUCAGAAGAAACUUUUCACUUCAAGAACACCCUUUGAAAAUAGUGUAUCAUUUUAAGAAGUAAGCCUGAAUCAGGAUUGGGUUCAGACACAAAUUAGUGAAUAAUGGAUAAUACAAUUACAACCUUACAAGGAUUUGACCAGUUUCCACUUUAAAAGAGCUACAUCUGACCAAAGGAUCAUCAAGCACACAUUUAGCACAUAAAGCAUCUUAGAUAAAAUGUCAAACAUGAUGUACAUUUCCAUUUUGCUCUAAAUGAUUUGCAUUGCAGGGCUACAAUCGUAUACUGUUAUUUAAAUGAUGUAAAUAAGUCUGCAUUUCAUCUAAUCUCAUGAAACGUUAUAAUUGCAAUAACAAUAAAUGUACUUUUUUUUUUAUCAAGCACCAUUAUAUAAAACAAGUUUACAUUUAAGUUUAUGAUAAUUAUAAUUACAGAUAAUUAAUAAUAAAGUGUUUGAUAAUUCCCUUGUCCAUAAAUGGAGUCUCGAGUGAGAGCAUGUGAGCAGCAGAUGCAGCACAGACAGAAGACCUCAGUUAUGUGUUUAUGUCCUGUCCAUAGUUCCUCCCUGCUGUGACAGAUGUGCUGCUAAUUCAAACAAACCUCCCACUAAACGACAGGGCUCCUACUGGAAAAUUAUUUCUUUCUAUUCCUGUUAUCCACUCUGAAAGACCCCCUACAUUUAAAUAAAGGAUCUUGCACUACAGAAAUCCUUUUUUUUUUUUUUUUUUUACUUAAUUUAUUUUUUUAAGAAGAAUAAUUUGAUUGGCGUACAGCCUUCACAGUUACUACCCCACACAUACAGACAGAAAGUGUACCAAAAUAUACAAAAGUAAGAACUGAACGAAAGUGUUAGUAGGAAACUACCUCUACUACUUAUGAUUACUAUGACCGUCACACAGGUAUUUUAAUCAAUAUACAUUAGAAGUUCAGAAUAUUGUAACAAUAUGUUCAUUUGAAUGUUUUUUUUCUGCUAGCAGUGCUACUAUUACUAUAAAUGUAAACAAAUAAUACAACUUGAAUAUGUACUGAAGUGGAUUUACAACCUAUGUUGGCCUAUUCCAGACCUGGGCAUUGCAGCUCCUGGGCCACGUACGGCCCUUUGGUUGACUCUGACCGGCCCGUUUAAGCUGAUUUGGAAUUACAAAAUAAACAUAUUUUAUAAUUUUA